CGCUAUAAAUAGGCCCCUCAGCUUCCUGCAACAUUCAUCAAGCCAAGCUUAGUGAGCAAGCAGAAAACAAAUCAGUGUUCUGCUCAUCUGCUGAGAGCAUACCCAGCCACAAUGGCGGGGAACAUGCUAGCCAACUAUGUCCAAGUCUACGUCAUGCUCCCGCUGGAUGUCAUCACCGUCGACAACACGUUCGAGAGGGCCGAUGAGACGAGGGCACAGUUGAAGAAGCUGACGGAGGCCGGAGUCGACGGCGUCAUGAUCGAUGUCUGGUGGGGGUUGGUGGAGGGGAAGGGCCCCAUGGACUACGACUGGACUGCCUACAAGCAGGUGUUCAAGCUGGUGCAGGAGGCCGGGCUGAAGCUGCAGGCCAUCAUGUCGUGCCACCAGUGCGGCGGUAACAUCGGCGAUGUCGUGAACAUCCCGAUCCCACAGUGGGUCCGGGACGUCGGCGAGGCCAACCCCGACAUCUUCUACACCAACAGGAGAGGGAUGAGGAACAUCGAGUACCUCACCCUGGGAGUGGACGACCAGCCUCUCUUCCAGGGAAGGACUGCCAUUCAGAUGUAUGCUGACUACAUGAAGAGCUUCAGGGAGAACAUGGCAGAGUUCUUGGAUGCUGGUGUCAUUGUGGACAUUGAGGUGGGACUUGGACCUGCUGGAGAGAUGAGGUACCCCUCGUAUCCCCAGAGUCAGGGAUGGGUGUUCCCAGGCAUUGGAGAAUUCAUAUGCUACGAUAAGUACCUGGAAGCAGACUUCAAAUCAGCAGCAGCAGAGGCUGGGCAUCCUCAGUGGGAAUUGCCUGAUGACGCUGGGGAGUACAAUGACACUCCUGAGAAGACCAAGUUCUUCGCAGACAACGGAACAUACCAGACCGAGAAGGGGAAGUUCUUCCUAACAUGGUAUUCCAACAAACUGAUCAAACAUGGAGAUAGGAUCUUGGAUGAAGCAAACAAGGUCUUUUUGGGAUGCAGAGUGCAGCUGGCAAUCAAAAUCUCUGGCAUACACUGGUGGUAUAGGGUUCCAAACCAUGCAGCUGAGCUCACUGCCGGAUACUACAACUUAGAUGACAGAGAUGGCUACAGAACCAUAGCGCGGAUGCUCACAAGACACCAUGCUAGCAUGAACUUCACUUGUGCAGAGAUGAGGGACAGCGAGCAGAGUCCAGAGGCAAAGAGCGCACCUGAGGAACUGGUUCAACAGGUGCUGAGUGCUGGGUGGAGAGAGGGCCUACAUGUAGCGUGCGAAAAUGCACUCGGUCGAUAUGAUGCAACAGGUUACGACACAAUCCUCAGGAAUGCAAGACCGCAAGGGAUUAACAAGAACGGCCCUCCUGAGCACAAGCUGUAUGGGUUCACCUACCUCCGAGUAUCAGAUGAGCUGCUGGAGGGACAGAACUACGCCACUUUCAAAACUUUUGUCAGGAGAAUGCAUGCUAACCUGGAUUAUAACUCAAAUGUUGAUCCAGUUGCACCUUUGCAAAGAUCAAAGCCAGAGAUACCAAUAGAAGAUAUGCUAGAAGUAGCACAGCCAAAAUUGGAGCCGUUCCCCUUUGACAAGAACACGGACCUACCAGUUUAAAUAUCCCAAUGUCUACAAGAAAGGCCAAGAAGCACUUUGAGAAUCGAGAUAAACACGAAAUAAGCCUAUUAUGGAAUAAUAGGUCAGAGACUAAAUAAACUGCUACUCAGCGGAUUAUAAUCAUAUAUUGUGCCAAUAAUCCUGUGUUGUUUAUCCUGAGGUUUGAUGCUUGUCUAAUAAGCUGUAAUAUGCCGGACCUUGGCCUUCACGCUGUUAUAUGUAUUUGAGCUAAUAAAUAAAAAAGUUGCUAUGUGGCUUGUUUAUUGUGUCAA